AUGUAUAAACAUACACCUUUGAUGUUGGCCUGUCAAUCUCAUAACAUGGAUGCCAUAAAUUUUCUACUAAACAAAGGGGCUAAUGUGAACCUUCAAGACAGAAAUGGGCAAUCAGCUUUGCACUUUGCUUCCUCAGACAUUUGUUAUUGGUUGAUUCAAAAUCUAGCUGAUGUUAACAUGUGUGACAAUCAUAAUUGCACCCCACUGAUGCUAGCUAGCAGGAACAGUGAUUUCAAAAAGGUAGCCAUGCUUAUUGAGAAUGGAGCAAAAGUGGAUCUUCAAGAUGUGGAUGGUAAUACUGCUCUACACCAUGCUGUGAAUAACCCAGUACUCCACUACACACGUGAAAUUUGUCUUGCACUUUUGACUGCUAAGGCAUCCAAUCUGUGUAACAGUCAGGGAUGGACACCUCUUCUUCUAGCCAGUAAAAACUGCAUUGAAUCAGUGGUACAGAAAUUUUCAAAGCAGCCAGAAGUAACAAAAGAGCAAAAAGCUAAUGCUCUAGAACUACUUGGAGCCUCUGUUUGUUUGAAGAGUGGUACCUUUGCUUAUUAUAAGGAUAUUCAUUUAGCUAAAGGAUUCAACUACUUCAAGCGCGGCAUGAAAGAAAGGUUUGCUGAUGCUUCCCAUCCUUUGUUAAAACAGCAAGUGGAACCUGCUGAAGCUUAUCAGAACAGAAGAGAGUGUCAAACUCUUGAGGAGCUUGUUGAGAUUCAAUUUGAUGGGGUUGCUAUCAUCAUGGAAAGCUUUGCUAUUAGAGAAAGAAUCAUUGGAGCUAACAAUGUAGAACUACUCAAACCAAUUGAGCAUAUUGCUGAACGCUUUUGCAGAAGCGCCCCUGGUCAUUUUUACAGACUAAGUAUACCUCUGUACAGAUAUGCAACAAAAAUUGCCCAAGGGCGUAUUGAAGAAUGUUUUGAAUCUGCAGUGUCAUGUUUAUGGCAUUUAACGGAUGUAUUGUACGAAUGCAAACAAUAUUCUGAUAGAGAGCUUUUGCUAGAAUUGCUUGAGCUAACAGUUUUUUUGUGUGAGAAUUGGCCAGACUACUAUGGACAUUACCAGUCUGUCUGGCAUAUAGAGUAUGAUGAUAAAAAAGUGUCACUGUUUGAUUCUGUGGAGGCAGUGAUACAUAUGAUUACCAAGAAUCUCCAAAAUGGUGAAGAAGAUGAAACAUACUCAAACGUCUUGGUUUUGCUGAGAAAACUUUUGCGCCAUAAUCCUAGAUGUAGGAAUCAUAAUGGCACACUGCUUCAUGUUAGUACUUAUUCAACUGAAGAAAUCAUUACUGAUAUUGUUCCAAGUGCUGAUACAGUGAAAUUGCUUUUGAAUGCAGGAUUCAAUGUAAAUGCCACUGACUGUGAUGGAGACACCCCACUUCAUAGUGCUGCUAGUUUAGAACCUGGCGAUGACUUGAUUCAUCAGGUACCUGAAAUUAUGAACGCUUUGUUUUAUGGAGGUGCUCACUAUGAUUUUGUUAACAAUGAUGGUAAAACACCCAUGGACAUGGCUGAAUCUGAUGAAGCUCGCAUGAUUCUUUCAGAGAGAAGAAAACUGGAGUUAAAGUGUAUCAGUGCCAGAGCUGUCAAAAAGUUUGGAAUUCCUUAUUUGGGGGUGGUACCCAAAAUUCUGGAGAAAUACGUUAGCAUGCAUUAAAAUGGAAUGGUUAUAGAAAAAGUGUGGAAAAACUCAUCGCAUGACAUUCUGCACCGUUAUCUAAUACAGUAGAACGAAAAGACUUUAUUAUAAAUUCCUCUGGUGCAUGCUGAUGGCUGCCAUUUCAGGGAAUUUAGCUAUUCUUUUUCAAGUUUUUUAGAGCACCCUAGAUAUAUUUUCUGGUUUUAAACCCUUUAACUCUUUCUGUGUUAUUGUUACAGGGGACAUUGGCAUACCUUAUUAUAGUUUUUAAUACAUUUCAACUUCUUGUGAGUGACUACUUAACGCUUUAAGCCCCAAUAUCCAAAUACAAAUUCUUCAAACUGAUUUCUAUACAUUUCCUUUAAGAAUUGGUUGAGAGAGUAAACAAAUUAGAUCAAGACGUUUUUUUGUUAGUGAUCAUUUUUUUACUUCUCAUAACCUUAUUUCUUGACUAUGUAUGGAUACUGUCGGGAGAAAAUUGAUGUUGGUUACAAUUGGGGCUUAAAGGGUCAAAAAACAAAGAUUUACUGGUGGCUACAAGAUUUGAACCACAGAAGUUGUCUUCUGUGAAGAGGUCCAGACAUAUCUAGUUGUCAGAAGAUAAUAAAUAUCCAUGCAAUGAAACAGUUUGUGUGUAGUUCCCCGGUAUAAUCUGAGUUGUGUAACUACAGCAAACAUAGUGAUCAAACCACCAUAUAUGUAAUGACCUUGUCCUUAUGUAAUUCCUCCCCAAAGAGAUGCUUAGAACCCUGUGGAUGAGGUUGACAAGGGUUUGUAUGGGAAACCACUCAACGGUGACUGGGUGGCAAGUAGGGGUGGUGAAUGGCAAAAUCUGAGACUCGCAAGACGCCAAGAUCCUUGUUAGAAAAUAAUCCGAGCCCGAGAUUCUUUGGUAAAAAGUUUCAAGACUCAAAAAAAGUAAAACAAACCAUGCAAAAACGAGACUUAAAGACUUAUCAAAAACGCUUUCAAUGUUUUCAAGAUGCUGCCAAAAUUUUCCAAGACCCAGGUUUUUCAAGGUGCCAUUCACUGCCCCUGCAAGUGUUAUUAUUCUUGUACAAACCCUUUAAACUCUCGGCGGAUGUUGCAAUCAUAACUUUUUUGACAUAUAUACCACUCAAAAUUCAAAAGUAACUUUUUUCGUCUUUACGGAAAAUUGAUCACGUGACAAAUUAUUGCAAAAGGCCUAAGACAGGUCACUACUUUAUUGAUAGGUUAAUUACUCCACCAAAUAGUUUCCCUCAACCAAAACUAGUUGUUUUGGCUAGAAGACACUUGUGGUUUUGUUUAUUUGUCUGUAGGACGGUGAUCUGUUCUGACUUGUAAAAUGUGACCUGUUAAAAAAAAUUAUACCAAUGUGUCCGAUACUGUUAAAAAUGUUAAGAUGGUGAUCUGUUCUGACCUGUUACAGUUUAAGUUGCCAUCAAUGGAUAUCAAUAAUAUUUUAAUAGUAUUAAUUUGUUGUAAUAAACAGGAGAUCUCUUUUUAAAGUCUUUAAAAACGUUUAAGAGGUCUUCCUUCUAGACAACUCUUGAAAUUACUUUCAGUCUAGCCAGGAAGAUAUAACUGGUAAUAUGAAUGAAACAAAAUUGAAUUUAAAAAAUGAAAAAUAAACCUCCCAUGUUUGUGUAGGAACAUACAGUAUUUCAUUGUUAAUGAUCAUUUUCCUUCCCUUACGUUUUAAUAUUCCUAUGUGAAAUUGUUUCAUAGUACCAGUACAUUUUGUCAGCAAAAGGAUUACUAUUUGUAGCUAGCUAUUCCCUUGCAGGGGCGGAUCUAGGGGGGGGGUGCAGGGGGUGCACAACCCCCCCCCCCCCACCUGAGAUGACCUGCAGUUUUCUAAUACAACUGGUAUUCUGCAAAAAAAAAAAAAAAAAACUACAGUGAAACCUGUAUUAAGCUGAUGCCCUCGGGGAAUGCUGUAGUGUCCGCUUAACACAGGGUGUCCGCCUAAUACAGGUUUCGAUAGAUAACGUCAUUUGAGGUGUCAAAUGCCACUCAAAUGAACAGUGGAAACGUUUAGCAGUACUCCAAGAGACUAUGACGAUAUACGUUUGCAUCAAUUUCUUUAUUUAAGCGGACCAAUUGAUGAAAGUACCAUAAAAUAGAUUGUAACUUAAAUUUGAAGAAAUCAGAUGAGUGAAACAAGCUCUAUACAAGCAAAACGAAAUAGAAAACAGUACUGUACUGUAAAACUAAUCAAAUAAGUUCGUCAAGUCAAGUUUUUUAAUGUAAAAAUUGAAAAAUUUGUGGGUGACAAUCUUUGGCAUUUUCGGUAUCUGGCAUGUUGGGUGAUGGAAUGCAAUUACAAGUGUCCGUUUAAUACAGGUUGGAAACAAUAGAAAUGACCAUUUCAGGUACUUUUUAGGUGUCCACGUCCGCUUAAUAGAGGUGUCCGCUUAAUAAAGGUUUCAUUUAAAGUAAAUAAGGGAAAUAAAUUUGGGGACUUCGGCUACUGUCCGCUUAAUAGAGGGUGUCCGCUUAAUUCAGGUUUUACUGUAUGUGGUUUGUUGGUGUUGAAGUAGAGCAAGAGACGAGUGCACCCCUUCCUAAAAAAAAUCCUGGAUCCGCCCCUGCCUUGUUUGAAACAACUACAAUUUUAGUUGUUGUUGUCCUUUUUUUCCUUAACAUCUAUCUUAGAAAACAAAGAAGUUAGGUGUCCUGCAUAGUUUGAUGGAUGGUGAUGGUAAACCUGUGCAGGCAACGGAGACUGAACACAUCUACUCUUGUUUUAAACAGGGCCUCAUGAUAAAAAAAAUUGCUGAACAAAGAAAUAUUUAAAAUGGACAGACAAGUAGGACAAAAAAUACUGCCAUCAUCAUCCCAUGAUAGUGGAGAGGUGAGGUGGGAGGGAAAACAGGAGAUUCUUUGGAAUGUGCCUUGUCUAACCGCCUUCCUCGUGUUUCAUUCGAAUUCCUCUUGUCUGCCUCUAGACCAUGGAAAACAGAGGCGACGUCUUCAGAGCUUUGAUGUUUGGAAAUGCUGCGAUAGUAAAUGAAGUUCUUCAGGGUUUGAACAGUACAGAAAGAAUUUCUGUUUUAACUGUCCAAGAUUACACUGACAACGCCGAUGAAUCAAAUGCCUUAAACUCUCACCGCCGAUAAUUGCUGUUCAAAGUGAUCUCGAUUCUGUGAAGGCUAACAUACCCUUCCGUAUCAGCAUCUACGAUAAGAGAGAGGACUUUGCAUUUCGCAUUGUCAACUUUCCUCAUAUGGACAGCAACAUUCCCGCCAAUCCAGCUUACGGUGUUUAUAAUCUCAACUGGUGAGAUAUGCUAGAAUUUGCACGUUCAAAGUUGACUUCAUCAAUAGACUCCGUGGACUUUCAUUACGACUCAGACAGCAAGGCUUUGAAACCAAUCUACU